GUCACCUUGACGACCGCAACAAGAUGGCGAUGCAGCCAGGCGGGCUGCUGGCCCCUGACCCCGGGGCGCUGAGCCCUGCGCAGUUGGAACAGCUGCGCAACUUCAAGAUUGAGAUUCGGAUUGCUAACGAAAAGUAUCUCAGGACCCAUGAAGAAGUGGAGUUGCUUCUAAGUGGUUUUUUCAGAGAAAUGUUUCUGAAGAGGCCAGACAACAUCCGAGAAUUCGCAGCAGAGUACUUCACGGAUCCAAGACUUCCCUACAAGAUUCACAUGCAGCUAAUUAAGAAGAAAGAAGCUUAAUUAGCAAAAUCAUGAUGCUCUGCUGUUGAAAGAGACCAGAAAGCAUCCAGCCUGGGGUUCAUCUGGACGUGAGAGAGUCCUGUUGUUACCAGUGUGGGUUUUCAAGCUGCCUUGGGCUCUGUCUCCUUUGCAAAGGCUUUUGAAGAUACUCAUUAAAAACCGAUCUUCCUGA